AUGUCAUUGAAGAGUACGCUGCGUGAGAUUAAUGAGUCUCUUAAGGCUACGUCUGAGUCUUUAGAUAAGCUACAGGACCAGUAUGAGUCUGGACUACCUAUUGAAGGAGGUUUGAAGAAGUAUUUGGGGAAGGACGGUUCAGGUAAUGAGCAAGUUUCACUUCUGACAUUGAAAAACGACUCCAUGCUUGCAUACUUAAACUCGCUGUUACAUAUAUUGCACGAUAAGAUGGAUAGAACCGGAGAGCGUGUCACUGCAGAUGGUCACCGUGAGAGAACUAUCGAGCACCGUGUUGUGCUGGAGCGUGGUGUAAAACCACUAGAGAAGAAAAUAUCCUACCAAUUAGAUAAGCUGACUAGGGCAUACACAAGAAUGGAGAAAGAGUAUACAGAUGCUGAAAAGAGAGCCGCCGAGAAGUCUGCACAUAGAGAGGCAGAAGAUAGUGAUAGUGCCGACGACAGUAGUGACGAGGAACUUUCAUAUAGGCCCAAUGCAUCCGCUCUUGUGGCAUCGAAGGAUAAAACUUCGAGGGACCGUAAAAACAAAGGUGAUGAAGGUGAAGGAGAUGAAUCAGGUGAAGAUGAAGAAAAAUCAGGCGUGUACAGACCACCAAAGAUCAAUGCAGUGCUGCCUCCACAGCAGCAUCACUUUGAGGAUAGAUUUGUUGCCAGAGACCACAAGAAUAAGAGUAAUAGAUCUAGAAUGCAGGCCAUGGAAGACUACAUUAAGGAAAACUCUGAACAACCAGACUGGGAGUCAUCUAUUGGUGCUAACAUCGUGAACCAUGGUAGAGGCGGUGUGAAGUCAUUGAGAGAUACAGAGAAGGAACGUCAAGUAACGACAUAUGAAGAAGAGAAUUUCACAAGACUGAAUGUUGGAAGUAGUAGUGCAGAGAAGAGGAAGCAGAAACAAAGAGAGAGGAAUGCCAAGGUUAAUAUCAUUGGUGGUGAAGAUUUCAGUAUAUUCAACUCCAAGAGAAAACUUGAGGACAGCACUUCUAGAAGGGGAAAUAAAAAGUCUAGAAACGCAUGGGACAGGGCUAAGCGUAGACUAUAG